AUGCUUUGGUAUCAGUCUUCUACCUGUACUACUCAUACUUCAUACUUUGAACUAAGCAGCAUGUCCGACUACAGCCAUGGCGGUCACCAGUACAAUCAUCGGCCCCCUCAGAAGCCAACAUAUCAUGACACGACUGUUUGGACAGCUCCAGAGCAUCGGUACGAUUUUGGAUGGACGGCCUCGCUCAACGUGACUGCUUACCAACCUGAUGGGCAACUUUGGCCUAGCAAUCUCGAUGGUGGACAAUCAAUGUCUUUUGACAGCUGGCAACAAAUGUACUGGUACCACAUGCAUUGGCAACCGACGAGCUGGCAGCAAGCGAGCUUACAACAACAAUUGAGCUGGCUACAGACAGUCGGCGAUCAAUCCCUUGUCGUCUACAACGACACAGUUGAGGCCGGAAGAACGCAGUCAUCAGACUCGAGAAGUCAUCCUCUGCACGAUGACGAGAUACCACAGUCUAGGAUCGUUCCGAGUACACCUGUUCCAGCAAUAUCAGAUCCAUCUCAGUCUAAUAUGGUCACUUCAAGGCCAUGUCGUGCUCUGUGGAAAGAUGUCGACACACGUACCAAAAAAAGGCUGAAAACUUGGUAUAAAGAGAUGGAGAUCACAGAAGGGGACGAGCAUGACAUGCAGAUCUGGGGAGAUAUACAGUGUGUGAUCGGCAAGGGGGAAACGAGCGGCCAUGUGGUUUGCAAGAAGAACGAACUCAAAAUACAUUACAGAAGAUGUAACCGCUCGAAAGGCUGGAAGAAUCAUUAUUGCACGGCCAUCCACAUCCACCUAAGCACACGCCACGACCAAGAGGUGAACUGGGACACAGUGGCGAAAUGCUACCGAUGUCAAGUCCGGAACAACAUGUCCAAAAUACGCCGGAGGAUAAGAGACGCAAAGAGGAGGAAAAACGAGAUUGAAAAGAGCGGGAAAGGCAAUAUCGAAUAGACUUUAUUGAAGUUGGUUUGAUGACUGCAUAGCAGACUUCGCGCACUGUAUGUGGUAACUUCGGCGGUUGCCGAUUCUGAUGUGCUGGUAUGGAGAAGAAUGACCUUGUUUUGAUCGAGAGACCGUUUCGUAUGUCUUCAGCAUAGACCUGUUGCUAGCUACAGCCAGACCAGUUUUACCUACUGGGAUCAUGUAUCUCUCUCGUCUUGGUGGUGAUCAAAGCUUUCGCCAGACAAACGAUUUUAGCAGAUCCAACUUCCACUUAUCAGCUAUCCGGUGGGUCCAGAG